AUGGAGAAGCCGAAGAAAGACACCAUUCUACAAUUAAUGAUAAUUUGGAUUGGAUUGUUAUCAGUUAAUUCUCUGGAAUGUUAUGAUUCUUCAUAUCCAGUACCACAUCGAAGAACCGAGUGUGGACCCAAUAUGAUGUGCUACUCUGAGUACUAUGCAGUCAAUCGAAGUGGGACAAUUCGACAGUAUUAUGAUCGUUUCUGUGUUCAUGAAUCCCAUUGUUUGUAUCGAGGAAUCGAUGAAUCUUGCCCCACACUGGCACAACUUGAUCACAAAAUGCAGAGUCUCUUCACAAAACAUCAUGCAAAAAGUCAAGUGAAUUCAAUUCGAUUCUCAGAAUUCUGUUGUUGUUCAACAAAUCUUUGUAACGAUGUCAACCACAAAAGGGUCUAUGACAAAUACGGACUUCAAAUAACGUUUGCGGACAACGUGUUCACAGAUGCGUCAAGUAGUCGAUCGAACAUCGUCUCACUUACACUUCUCUUCAUUUCCAUAAUCAUGUAUUUCGUCUGCGUUUUUUAA